AUGAGUUCCUCCAACGCUGAUCAGCGCCUGGAUCAUCUGCUCAGCGCCGUGGAGAGCGAGUUUCAGAAGGGCAGCGAGAAAGGCGACGCGUCCGAACGGGACAUUAAACUCACGCUCGAGGAUGCGGAGCUAUGGAGCAAGUUUAAAGAACUCACCAACGAAAUGAUUGUCACAAAAACUGGAAGGCGAAUGUUUCCCGUGCUGAGGGCAAACGUUAGCGGCCUGGACCCGAACGCAAUGUACUCGGUGCUGCUGGACUUUGUGGCGGCGGACAACAACCGCUGGAAGUACGUGAACGGCGAGUGGGUACCAGGCGGUAAACCUGAGCCCCAGAGCCCCAGCUGCGUGUACAUACACCCUGACUCACCCAACUUCGGUGCCCACUGGAUGAAAGCGCCCGUCUCCUUUAGCAAAGUCAAACUCUCCAACAAACUCAACGGCGGUGGACAGAUUAUGCUGAACUCAUUACACAAGUAUGAGCCAAGGAUCCACAUUGUAAAGGUUGGCGGCAUCCAGAAAAUGAUCAGCAGUCAGUCUUUUCCUGAGACACAGUUUAUAGCAGUUACUGCCUACCAAAAUGAAGAGAUUACUGCACUAAAAAUCAAACACAAUCCUUUUGCCAAGGCCUUCUUGGAUGCUAAAGAAAGAAGUGACCAUAGGGAAACCCAAGAUCAAAGCAGUGACAAUCAGCAGUCGGGAUACUCACAACUUGGUGGAUGGUUCCUGCCCAGUAAUGGCCCUAUAUGUCCCAGCAGCAGCCCUCCCCAGUUUAGUGGGUCCUCGGGACAUACCUCCAGCUCUUACUGUGAGCGUUACUCUGGCCUCCGAAGCCACAGAGCAUCUCCUUACCCCAGCCAUUACCCUCAUCGCAGCACUAGUAGCAACAAUUAUAUGGACAACUCUCCAGGAACUAUUCAUACCCAUGACAGCUGGUCGGCUCUGCAAAUCCCCAACUCAAGUGGAAUGGGCUCCCUUGCUCACAGUAACACCUCUUCCAACACUAGUCAGUACCCCAGUCUGUGGUCUGUGGCUGGGACGACGAUCACCCCCUCUGGCUCAGCUUCUGGUUCCAUUCCUGGGGGUCUGACUUCUCAGUUCCUGAGAGGCUCCUCAGUGUCAUACUCCAGUCUGACCCCCUCUCUUCCUGUUUCUUCUCCUUCAUCCAUGUAUGACCAAGGCUUGAGUGAGGCUGGAGUAGGUGAUGCCCAGUUUGAGAAUUCCAUUGCUAGACUUACAGCUUCCUGGGCACCUGUGGCACAAAGCUACUAAGAACUGACUGCACCAGACAUGCAAAAAACAGUUGGAAGCCAAGAGACUUGCUCCCAUCGUUACAGAGAUUUAAAGGAUGAUUCGUUUGUCUUUCUCCCUGCGGUCUAUUUCUAAACAGCAGAUGAGGAAAAUAUUAACACAAAUUAUAGAAAUCAGUUCUUAAUACAUUCUUUCAUCAUGUUAAUAGGACAACAUAUACAUGACUCAGACAACAAUUUAACUGGUAAUAAUAAUAUUUGCUUAAAUUAAAAGAAAUUGUAGGGAAUUUAUUUUCAACCAUUUUAAACCAAAGAUAUACAUGACUAAAUUGUAAAUGUGUAAAUAAAUUUAAAUUAAUGUCCAUUAUCAGAGUCAGUCACAUACAAUGUAAAUGUUAAAUCUGUGGAAAUAUAUAGCUGUUUUUGGUGAGUGGUGGUGAAGAGGGGGUGUCCUGUUUACUUUUAUGAGGACUUGCAGUUUUAAACUGUUAAACUGAAGUGCCAUGUACAUACCUAUCUAUUUGUAU